GAUUCCGGCUCGGAAACAUCUGUUUUCCAAAUGUUACACCCGAUAUAAAAUAGUGGACACAGACUGUCUCAGACAGUGGGUCCAGGCAUCAGAAAUGCAUCUCAAGUGUGCCUACUUGCUUACGGGCCUAAUCGUUGCGGUUUAUGGUCAAAAUUAUCCCCCGCCUGAUGUAUAUUGGGUCAAUCAAUAUCGACAAGGUUUCAACUUCCAGUGUCCCGACGGCGAAGCAUUGGUAGUAAUACAGAGUUACUUUGAUCAAAACGAAGGUCCUGAUAGAGUUUGGAGUUUCGAAUGCAUGCCCACUCCCGAGGAUUUAGGGCAGGUGACAGAAUGCUGGUGGGAUGAUAUAAUGCACCCGGGUUUGGAAUGGUACCACACUUGUACAAACAAUGGUAUUGUAGCUGGAAUACAAAGCCGAUACUUUGAGAGCGUUCAAGAUCGGGACUGGCAGUUCCUCUGCUGCAAAUACAACAGAAGAUGCCCGUAUCAAUGCCGGCAAACAACUGACGUCCCUGAGCAAUAUGAAGAAGAAGGACAUUUUGUGAUGCCACAAUACGGCUAUUUCAUCAGGGGAGCUGGAACUACUUUUUCAGCUGUGUCAAGGGAUCGUCAAUGGAAAUACAUAAUCUGUCUGAUGACCACCUUUGACUGUCCUUUUGACAACCUGUAGACGUUGCAAGCUGAGUCCUGAUAUUGACCAGGGAACAAGAUAUGUUUAGCUGAGUUGCCUCUAUUAAUAAAAAAUCUCUUCUGCUCUCUAAACAAUUUCUUUAAAAGAAAGCAAUGCACGCAACGGGAGUGUUUUCACGGGCUUUUGGUAAAGCAUUCAUUCAAGCUCCACCCUGUUCGAAGGAGCUUCGUUAUUUUGGCUGUUUAAAACUCGCUCAAGUAAAUCGCUUUAUUAUCGUUAAAAAUAAAGAAUUUUACUUUA